AUGGCGGAAGAUUCAACAGAUCAACAUCGCGACAAGCGAGCCAGACUAGACACGACCAGUAAUGACGAGACGGACAAGAUGGAGGUGGAAUCACUGGCACAAGCGACGAACCAUGACCGGCAUGAUACAGAUGAGUCGUAUGGCGGGAUGGAUGUCGACAAUGUGGAGAGUGCAGGAUCGGCGCCGAAGGAUAUGAAGAAUCUCGCCGGCGAAGGAUCUGGUCUUGUGCCGCCGGAGAUGACUCUGGAGCAGCUACAGAAAGAUAUGGGUGAAGCCUUUCUUCUCUGCCGAUCCAAAGUCGAGCGGCAGAAGCCAAACCCUCAACAGCAUUUACUUGCAUUGUACGGGUUAGGUCCGUUGUUACGCAGCGUCGCUCGUACAGAUCCCAAGACUGGAGAGAAAAUCAACAAGCUGCGAAAGUCGUACGAGGGUCAGAUCAAAAGUUUUGGGUUGGCCGGACGGAAUAAACCGGUCAAAGGCGAGCGCAAUGUCGAGGAAGAUCAACCUGGACCGUUACGGCGCAUGGCAGGGUCAUCGCCAUGGGGUCUUGAACCGGAUGAGCAAUGGAACGCGGAGCAUGCCCGGACGAAAAUUGAGGUGACGCCGGACUUCAGGGCGAAAUUGAAGCAAGCCACGCAGAUGCAGCCCGGUACUGUGCGGAACAACGACCACUGGGAGGAUGUGCUAGGAUUUGACAAGCCGAAACCACAGCCUUAUGCCAUGACACCACAGCAGCCUGCCGCCGCUCCACCGGCUCUGUCCCGUCUCGCGAAUGGAGCAGCGGUUCGUACACAAUCACAACCUGUGUUCGGAGUUGCCUCCGCGGAGCCCAAACGACAGACUCGUGGAAAGAAACGAAGUUAUGGUGACGACAGUUUUGUGGGCUACGGAGAAGGAUUCUCCGACCCUGAAGACGGCGACGAUGGUGAUGACUAUGGCAGUCAGCGCAAGCGCAAAAAGGUGAUGCUUGGUGGUUCGUGA